CGGCGGAGGGAGGGAGCUGCAGCGAAUCAGCGGGGCAGACACUGCAAAGCUCAGGCUGUCACCUCCCAUCCCGUCGAGCUGUCAGUUGACAGCAGCACACAUGAACAUCAAUGCUGCACCCGGAGUUGACCACCCGUUGAUUUUACGCCGAAAUACCCGUUCCUCGGUGUUUUAAUUCAAGCGGGGCAAGGACAUGACAGGAUACACCCCUGUCAUCUCUGCGGACUAACCACAAACGCGUAGGAGGAGGGCUGAGUCGCUUUGCUAGUUUUGAGCAUCUAGCUAAUGGUAGUAGUUAGCUUGCAGGCUAACGGUAGCUAGCUGGUGAGCGGAGUCCCGUUCUGCUUUGUGCCGUCAUUUGCUAACUACAUUGCUGACUCGCUAACGAAGGUCGGAGGGACUAAUGUUAGCUGGUAGUCCGGAGCGUUUAGUUAGCCGCUCCGCAUCCUUAAUGUGUCAUUUUAUUAAUUUGUUUUAAGGCUACACCCUCUGUGGGUUCUCAUUUGUCAGUGGGCUUCCCGUUAUCCCAGUUGUCUACGUUUAUUUAUUUUACGAAAUUUAUCGCUGCUGCUCGCUAGCUAGCAAACUCCUCUGCUCUGCUAGCGCCAGCUCAGUGAGACCUCACAUCGCAGGGGUGCGGAGAGCUCCAGCCGAGUCAAGGAAGGAAGACUUAUGAUGUGGGCUGGGGGAAGCGGAGGACUGUACGGUGUAGGAGGGCAGUAGUAUUAGCUUAAGCACAGCGCAUUUUCUCACAUUAGUCCUUGUCGAGGCUGGGCCGUAGCGUCAGUGAAGCUGUGUGGGACGCUGAAUGAAGAAAAGAAUUGGGGGCACUUUGAUUUGCGAGCUGGAUAAAUGAGUAGUAUUGAUAUCGCCGAAUCGUGAGCUGGUGGCCGGUGUGCCAGCUUCAGGGGAAGACACUGUCGGGAUUAUCGCACAGACUGCAACAACCAGCCAGUUUGCUUAGAGAUGGCUUCGGCGAGCAGCAUUGCCGCAUCAAUUGCGAGCAAAACGAAGACCAAGAAAAAACACUUCGUGGCUCAGAAAGUGAAGCUCUUCCGUGCCAGUGACCCUCUGCUCAGCGUGCUUAUGUGGGGAGUCAACCAUUCGAUAAAUGAGCUAAGCCAUGUUCAGAUUCCCAUCAUGCUCAUGCCAGAUGACUUCAAGGCCUAUUCUAAGAUUAAAGUGGACAACCACCUCUUCAACAAGGAGAACAUGCCCAGCCAUUUCAAGUUCAAGGAGUACUGCCCUCUGGUGUUUCGAAACCUCAGAGAGAGGUUUGGCAUCGAUGAUCAGGACUUCUUGAAUUCCUUGACACGCAGCGCUCCUUUGAACAGUGAGGCUCAGGGACGUAGUGGGGCCCGUUUCCAUACCUCUUACGACAAGCGCUACGUCAUCAAGACCAUCAGCAGUGAGGAUGUGGCCGAGAUGCAUAACAUUCUAAAGAAAUACCAUCAGUUCAUUGUGGAGUGCCAUGGCAACACGCUGCUGCCUCAGUUUCUGGGGAUGUACCGGCUGACAGUGGAUGGAGAUGAGACCUACAUGAUUGUUACACGCAAUGUCUUCUCCCACCGCCUUUCCGUCUACAAAAAAUAUGAUCUCAAGGGUUCCACUGUGGCGAGAGAGGCCAGUGACAAGGAGAAGCAGCCACCCCCACCAGAGGAUGUGCCCCAGCGGCCCAAAUCUGGUAACGUUCAGCAAAGGCUGCAAACACUGCGGAUUGCCACGCGCUUUUACUGCGCCAUGAAACACGUAAGAGAUGCCAAGGAGCUGCCCACCUACAAGGACAAUGACUUCAUCAAUGACGGGCAGAAGAUCUACAUUGAUGGGGAGAACAAGAAAAUGUUCCUGGAGAAGCUUCGGAAAGACGUGGAGUUCCUGGCCCAGCUGAAGCUCAUGGACUACAGUCUGCUGGUGGGGAUCCACGACGUUGAGCGAGCCGAGCAGGAGGAGGUGGAGAGCGAGGACAACGAGGCCGAGGAGGAGGGCGAGAGUGACGGAGGGGGCAUCGGGACGCCCCCUGACAGUCCCAGCAACACCCUGGACAGCACCAAGCCUCUGUCACCCGGGGAGUUUGACCCCGCCAUUGACGUCUAUGCCAUCAAAAGCAACGACAGUGCUCCCAGGAAGGAGGUUUACUUCAUGGCUGUCAUCGACAUCCUGCAGCAUUACGAUGCCAAGAAGAAAGCUGCCCACGCCGCCAAGACUGUCAAACAUGGGGCCGGAGCAGAGAUCUCCACGGUGAACCCAGAGCAGUACUCCAAGAGGUUUUAUGAUUUCAUCACCACUAUCCUGUCAUAGCCUCCAGGAGCGACAGGGGCACAGGGGCACAUGGGAAAGGGAGGGCAAGUGGGGAGUAUGGUGGAGAUGAGAAGUGACGGAGAGGAAAACCAUGGAGAGGCCGUAUUAAUAAGGUGCUGUGAUGGCUUUGUGUCACUCUCCCUCAUGCGUUCUCCUCAUUCCUCCCUGUUUGUUUCUCUCUCUCUUUCAGUGGGGUGCCACACUCUGCAGCUAAAAAAAACAAACAAACAAACAUCAUUCGUUUACAUUUAACCUCUCCUCUGUUGAGUUCUGUUCAUGUGUUACUUUGGAUGAUAAGGGUGUUAAAAGCAAGUGUCCAAGUCAUUACCUUUUUCCAUAUAAUUUGUUUUUGUUUAUGUGGGAAUAUGGCUUUCUUCAUUGCCUCUAACACAACAUCCAGCACCCUGCUUUCUUUUUUUAAAUUAGUUGUAUGUAUUUGUCCUUUAGGGGGAGGCUGGGGGAGAGUAUGAUGUGUGUAGUGUGAGGACAGGCGGAGUGCAGAGGUCUGAUUCCAGUGCAGAUUGAGGUCCCCCUUGCUACAAGAAAGCUUUAGUGGGAUGUAAAGAUCAAGUCUAUGUUGAGGCUCGCCUAAUGCAGUUGCUUCAUUUCAGGAAGUAGGAAGCAGUCUUCCAAUUGGCCAACAGCCAGACCCCAAAUGCUAUACAUGCACUCAGCCAAACAAAUCUUCCCCUUUGGGUUCCUCCUCCGUUACUCACCCUUUAGACGCCUCCCCUUCCCUCCUGUUCUUUCGUGUACAGUAAUCGAGUUAAGCUUCUGGGUUAUUCUCUUGCCACAAACGCUUCUCUUUAGCUGCGAUGAGUUCACUUGUAGUAAAUUAUACGGCUUGUUCCCAGCACUAAUUACACACCAGUGUCCGUCGGCGCUUUGUCCCUUUUGUGAUGCACAGCAAUUAAGAAUGUUAAAGGGAAAGAUAUGCAUCUUAAAAACGAGAAGACGAGGUAUCGAACACACAGCUUCCCUUUACUGUCGUUGGCUCUGAAUAUGUUUAGGAAGUCUCGGUUUCUGUUCCUGUGGCGGAGAAUGGCCCAGAAGUGUCACGUGGCUGCUUUGAAGUGAGUCACUCCUCAUUAUAAUAUCUUCAUAUAGGGUGUCGGAUCGAAACAUCAAAAGCCCUUAAUUUUCUGUUGCCAUCAGCACCUUAUGAGUAAAAUCAAAAAAAUGUUGCACUUUUAUUUGUCGUUAGAGGUUAGGAGCUACUAUUCUGUUACAUGCGCAGCAGCAAAGAGGAAAAGGAGCUCGACUCGCUUAAAUCUUAUAAGCCUGAUUUUAAAUCCUGUCUGCUUCAUCUGUGGGUUGUUCUUCGUGAGACUGGUUGGGAAGAAUUUACUGCAAUAUUAAAUAGGGGAAAGUGAAUAUGUUCUUUUGUAAACCAACCGUUCCCAUCCUGUAAGAAGAACUCUGUGAUGAGGUGGGAUUUGGAAUCAGGCAACAGUAUGUCUGUGUUCAGGGCAGACAGAAGACGGUUUACCUCCAGCAUCGUACCAGCACACACCCAGCGAUGGCAGAGGGUGUGUGUGUCAGUGUUCAAAAGUCGUAAAAGGGGGAGAGGAAAGGGGAGGUCGGGAAGAGUGUUUUACAGAUGUAAAGACAAGUGUUGUUAAGUCAUUAACACCAACAGCAUCGUUCUCUAACCUCGGCUGUGACUCUGUUAUUCAUCGUUGUUUGUGUUCUUGACUCUCUUUUUUUUUUUUUAACGGCUUAUGUGUGUUUGAAUUUGGCAGUUUUAUGAAUUGAUUUUUUUGUUUGUUUGUUUCUGUUUAAAGUUUUUUUUGUAUAUUUUGCACAAGAGGAAAGGAACCAAAUGUUACGAAUACGAUCCCAAUUAGUCGACACGGUUUUAACAAGGGAAAUGCAAUAUUACUUGUAUGUAAGUGAGAAAAAGUUGUUUUUGCGUGUGAUGUUGUGUAUAACCAACUAAAACAAGUUCAAGUCGUCCUCCUCGACUAUUGUAACCCGUGCAAAAAGCUUCCAUCAUGAUAUGUUUGUUUAGAUAUCAUAGAUUAUAUUCACAUUUAUAUUUUUACAUUGGAUUUUAGUCAUGAAAUAUAGUUGUAUUUAAAAAGGAAAAAAAGCAAACGGAGCCACCCUUCGGAAUGAAUGAUGGUGCUGUGGUCAAUGAAGAAUGAUACUGCUUGAAUUUUUACAAUUUAUAGAUGUACUUAAAACUAAAAAGGACAAAAAAAAUUUGCAUGUCACAGGACUAAGUUUCCUUUCCCCCUCUCUAGUCUGUGUUGUUGGCUGUUCAGGUUCUCUUUGUGCCCCUCCACUUUAACCAGAUUUGUGAGCUGUUCGGUGUGUAAAAUAGACCCUUACCAUGCUUUAAAUAACUGUGUUUCAUUGUAUACACUGUGCAAGAUGUGUGCCUUUAUACUCCAAAUUAUUUAAUUUUAUAUUUUGUAAUCUUUUUUUAAAACAAAGGUAAAAGGUUAUUUUAAUAAUAGGGUGUUUACUUUGUUCUUUUCAACCCCCUCGCUCAACCUUCUUCCACUUUUCAACUCCUCUGUAUUUUUGUUUGUUUCAGUCAGUCGAACAAAAAAUAAAACCAUUCCAAUGAUUGUGUUUAACAUUUAAAAAAAAAAAUCUAAUAUUUGUCUAAUAUUUGACGGCGGCGGAUCGGAUUCUGUACAUUUACGUCCGCCGCUCUGAUUAUUCGGUGUGCACAGGCAUCCUUUCCCUUCUCCUCAGGCUGGAGGCGGUGUCUGCUUGUAUUAAUCCUCUGUUGGUUCACGCUGGUCCUGCCUUUAUAAAGAAUGUGUGCGUGGAAGUGCGUGUCGUGACUGUGUUUUGUCGUGCUCGUCCUUUCUAACUGGCGGCGUCCGUCAGCAUUUCAUGAAAUUCACCCACCAACCACAGAAGCGGUCACAUUUCCAGAUGUGAUUUUUAAAACAUUUUUUAGUUAAGUGGUCGUCCGAUAUUUCACUUAACUCCUGUUCAUUUCUGAAACCGUUUUUCCUCCCUUGCUUCCUGCUUUUCUUCCAUGUUUAGUUUUUUGUGUGUGUGUGUAAAACCCAGAUCACCUGCUUGUAAUCAGGGAGUUUAUCAUCUGAUAGUCAGUGCUUUGUUGAUAUUUCUGUGUUCUUUCACUGUAGAUGGGCUGUUUUGUUUCUGUCGGUGUGCAUAGGUUGUGUCCUAAAGGAAACGGGGAAUGAGGGAACACAAUCAUCUUCUAGUCUGCUUUGCUCUGUUUGGCCCCCAAAGACUUCCUUCUUUGUGCAGGUGGAGAAAGCAGAGCAGUGCAUGCCGAGUGAAUUUUGUUUUGUUUUCAUUUGUGUCAUUUUGGGAAACGGUGAAGCCAGACUUUAACAGAUGCAAAUGAAAGUUGACAACAACACACAUGCCCUGCUGCUGUACCCUGAAAUGAACAAGCCCUCGCUUCUGUGGCUUCUCUUCAUGAAUGAACUUUUUCGCCCAUCAGUCAACCUGCUGCCACCGUUGACUUGCCAAAAGCAGUCCGAACAACCCCAUAUGAGCUUGAAGAACAUUGUGUAACGUGUAAUGUGUCUGUUUUUUGUUUCUUUUCUUCGUGGUAGAUGGAGUGAGGUGUGCAGUGCUCAUAUGUGAACAUGUUGGAAGUUAUGGGAAACUUAUGUGGUUUUAUCAAAUGUUAAGGGAAAACUCGAAUACAAAUGACUGGAGGCCGGGAACGUUCUGCAGAGGUGGGACGGAUUUCUUUGGCUUUAGAUUUCUAAUAAAUCAUCAGCAGAGCUUUGUGGAGCUUUCCAAAGUGCUCAAAAAUAGAUGAAUUGUCAAAACACAACCCCACCAGCCUGCAGGAUGAGCUUUGGUCUCCCAGCAGCCCCAACUGCUUCUAGACUCUUGGUUGAAGAAUUACUGUGUGUGUAUGUGUGUGUGAGAGAGUGUGUUUGAUUAUUGCUGUCUGACAAUGGUGGGUGAGAGUUUCCCUUUCAGUGGCAGAAAGGCCAAAACGAUGUUGUAUGUUUAUUGUUCUUCACAUUUAAUGAUGAUGAUAAUAAUAAUAAUACACUCCAUUCCAUAAGCGUUCACUCAAACCAAUUAAAGCACUUGUUCUGCUUAA